AUGUCUUCGUGUCCAUUAUCUCCGGUAUUGGGUCUGAGUGUCAGAUUCGAUCGUGAGGUUGAGAAUGUACUGGCAAAAAACCCUACACAGUCAGCAAAACAGGUAUUCUUCGAAGUCUGGCAAAGAUUAAUGCCUGAGUACGAGGCCAUGCAGCAAGCGUUGAAUCAAUAUCUCUCCUGGCAGCUUGAAGAAAGUUCGAUACGUGCAACAUUAAAUAGCAGGGUGAAAAAGGACGAUUCUAUCUGCAAGUCAAUCGAACGUCGUGAAGAAUUCCGUGGCAAGGAGUACGACAGCCCAGGACUAAUUCGUAAUGGUAUUCAUGACCUUAUCGGUUUUCGGAUCAUUGUGGACUAUCCGUCUGGUCUUGAUCAAUCAUACCAAUUGAUCAAGAAAAGGUUCUCCGUUGAAGGCAUCAAUACCUUCUCGUCAGAUCGCGAUGUGGGAGUUCUUUGGAAACCCAGGUUUGGAGCAUAUGAAGGUCGAAACUUUCAGGUGAGGAUGCGACCUGAUGAGUAUAACACAAGACUUUCACUCUACUAUGGAGUACUUUUCGAGAUUCAAGUCACGAGUAUCGCAGAGAGUUUAUACAACAAACUGGCCCACCCACUACAGUACAAAGAGUCCGCAGGCACACUAUCUCGUCAGGAUGAGAUGAUCAUUGAUAUGUCACACGGGCUUUCCCUUUGCUACUGGAUUACGAUCGCGUGUAUGGAAGAAAGACUAGAGACAAACUCAAAGACGACCCACGAGAAUUCCCCGCUUCCCGGUCCUAUCAGAAUUAUUGCCGGGCGUGAUCCUGAGGAAAACCCGGACGAUCUUGACGACCUCGUGAGGGUCACGCCUGAUAUGCCGAUCAUAUCAGGUGACAGGUCUCUUAGAGGUUCAAAGGCCGGAUCUUCAACCUUGAAAAGAACUGCACCAUCGGAGGACACAGUCUCGAUAGAACUACUCCUCAGAUCACUUACUGAUCUGCCUCGAGAGUACCGUUCAGAUACUGAUAUAUGGAAUGGAAUUAGAGAUAAACUCGGGUUAGAUGAUGGGACCUACAACAGAUUUCUCACGAGUUUUACAUACGACCGAAUGAAUGACAGGAAGAACUCUAUCCAGAAACGUCAUCACAACACGUUCGAAUGGGUAUUCGGAGAAGAGAAGGCUCAGGAAAGCUAUUACGGAGUAGUCGAAGUACCUACUCUAGCCAGCUGGCUAGAAGAGAAUAUCCAUUGUCUAUACUGGGUCAGUGGGAAGCCCGGAUCAGGAAAAAGCUUCUUCAUGAAGUUCAUCGAGAAGGAUGAGCGGACGAAAGCAAUGCUUCAGAGAUGGAAGCCCCAAUACUGCAUCAUCUCACAUUACCUGUGGAAACUUGGGAGUAACGAUCAAAGCAGUUUCAAGGGCUUGGUUUGCUCGCUAUUUCAUCAGGUUUUGCAGAAUGAGAAAGCCAUUGCUUUGCGACUCUUGCGCGAGUCACCGAGCUUCUGCCACAAGAAUGAUGUUACCGACUGGGAUAUUGAAGAUGUCAAAAGGCUACUGUUUGAUGUUCUCCGCCGCUCAGAUCACCCGUACCUUCUCCUCAUCGAUGGAUUGGACGAAAUGUCGAAGCCCCAUGACGGUAUGAACCAAGUAUUCAGCUUUUUGGACGGUCUUGCCAAGUUAGAUCGAGUGAAAGUCUGCGUGUCCAGUCGUCCUGAGAGUCUCUUCGUCACCAGAUUCAAAUCUCAACCUAGCCUGCGAAUGCAAGAUCUCACGAGGAACGACAUUCUCAAUUAUACAGUCGAUAAGCUUGGGCAAUUACAUAUCGAGGUCGACGAUGAGAAAUUCCAAAAGGCUACCUACGAAAUCUUCACAAGAGCAGAAGGUGUUUUCAUAUGGGUUUACAUGGUUUUGAAGGACAUUCAACAAGAUGUUGAUGAACUCGAUGAAGGAUGGGAUGACAUACUCGAUCGUAUUUCCAAGCUACCAAGUGAUCUUAUGGGACUUUAUCGGGACAUGUUAUCGAGGUUUGCCUUGAACGGGGAACGAUAUGUCAAGAAAGCCGCACUAUACUUUCAGUACAUCCAACAGAGGCCUAGGAGCAUGAAUUCCGAUAUCGCUAUGCUCUCUAUAGCCGCGGAUGAGGCUGCUCUGGAGUCUUUUGCAGGACCAAAUGACACCCCUUGCGUAGACGAGUGGGUAAAGCUCUGUAUAAACACCGAGAAGACUCUUUUCCGGAUCUCUGCUGGACUUUUGGAGGUCAAGACUGAAAGAAAUCAUGUGCCACAUGCAUCACUUUCAGGAUAUGACAGCAAAAUGGCGCCAUGGAUAGCAAAACAAGUCGACUUCAUACAUAAAACCGCCAUUGACUUUUUAGAAGGCGAGGAAGGGCAUAGGCUUUUCGGAACAUAUGCAAAGACCCCCAAAUGCAUGCUCAUGAUAUAUGUCAAGGUAAAAUUCGCCCUUCACUCUAUCACGCGUCACAAUUGUGACCCUCUAUGGCAUAUUCUUGAAAUUCUACCAGAAGAAAGCGACGACUCAUACCCCAUUCGUGUCUCACAUGACAUUCGAUCCUUCAUUCACGCUUGUUCUAUCGAUAAGUCAAAAGACCUUAUACGCCCACCCUAUUCUGUGAGCUACGAGAACUUUUUCAUAUUCUACCUUGCCUACCAUCAACGCUACGAUUGGGCUCAAGAAUUGAUCAAGUCCUGUGGCACUCAUAAUCUUGAAGCUUCAGCUUAUGUUAUGCUCGGUGCGUGCGAGUCAUGCCCUUGUUUGCCUCAUAAUGAUAAUUUCAGACGCUACAGACUCAUUCUUAACAUGUUGAAGAAUCAAUCUAGAGUAUAUGAAAACAGAGUCGAAGAUUCAUCAACUAAACAAGGCGCAACUGACGCAAUUCUGUGGGCUUGGCGCUCCUUCCUGUUGACCGAACUUGACCCAAACAAUCGGCUGAUCUUCGAAGUUGACAGGGUCGGUUUAGGAAUCCACGAGGACUUUGUUACCCACAAACACCUGGUCAAAGAAAUCGUGGGUCUGUUUAUGACACUUGGAGUUAUGAACAAAGUGCCAGGGCCGAAAUAUAUUGUUUCAAGCGGGCCUGAUUGUCAAGGGUUCAAGCUUGUAAGGGACAGAGUACACCGGGAAUCCCAUUUUGGAUUCAAAUCUUCAACGUCACAAUUUGCAUUCUUGAUGAAACCAACAUAUUACAUCGAAGUAAAUGAUGCAUGGUUACUUCAACAGCUGUUAGAUGGGAUGUUCAUCACACAAGAUAUUGCAAACAUGGUGAAGGAACAUGCUUUUAUGCGUAUCCUUCUUGCAGACAAAGAAACUGAUUCCUUCCUGAUAAGAAAGAACGAUGGUACACAAGAAGCUACAGUGGGCUACCUCGAGGAUUUGGGUCCCAUAGGUGUGCUUCCUGACGAAAAGUUCAGGCCUUUGGAAGAAACUAUUUUGGGAAGUUGUGAGUAUAUGAUCCCUGUUUUGGACAGAAUUGGUUACGAUUUACCGGACGUGAACAAGACACACAUUUGCUUAUAUGAGUUGACUUAA